UAAACUUCUUUAACUUUAUUUUGAGCUUCAAGAAUUAUUGUUGUUUUCUUAGUCCAGUUAUGAAGAUGCCACCAUAGUUUGACUUAGACUGAGUUUUUGAAAGGUAAGUUUUAUAUUGCUUAGACUUAGUAAGACUUAGUUAAGUUAUAUUCAAUAUAUUAUUAUUAUAAUUAUAUAUUGCUUUUGCUUGUGACCUGUCUUAGAUAAGAUCAGAUAAAGUUGCCAGACGUCCGGCAAAAAGAGGACAUGUCCCUUUUUAGCUCAAUACUCCGUCCGGCAGGCAAAGCUAAAAUCUUUUAAAAUGUCCGGCUUUUCUUACAUUUUAUAUUAUAAUUUUUAUGUAUCGUUGUUACAACUAUUACAUCGUCUUUUUACGUUAAGUUACAAUGUCAAUGUGCGAACCAGUUGAUUUUAGUCAUUCUUACAAUCUUGCUCUGUGUUGUAUUAUCUAAGUCUAAGGUCAAAAUGUUAAUGUUAUUACCGGUUCCGGCAAUAAAGAUGCAAAUUCAAAUUGUUUUUUUAAUUUGUAAUGUUUGCUGUCUAUGUUUAUGAAAUAAAAUGGCUUCUACAAAGAGAAAAUGCUAAUUCUCGAAAACUAUGAUGAAAUAAGUUUCCUUGCUUCAUUGAAGGACGCAAUGAGAAUGAGGCAAAGUAUACGAUUUGCGAUAGUUACUUGUCCAUUGCUAACAAAGGAGCUACUGACUUGGAGCGCCAUGUUGACAGUGACCGACAUAGAAUUAGAAACCUAAUCAAAGUGUCAGCGUCAUCAUUAUAUUGACGUCUUUUUUCAGCCUAAGUAUUCAAAAUUAAUUAAGAUUAUAAGGUAAUGAUUGUACAAUUGGCUAUUUAAAUGAUGUUUUUUGACAUUUUGAAAAAGGCGUCCAUUGAAUUUGUUUUUUUAACGUGACUGUUUCUUGGUCGAUUCACUAAGAGUAAGAUACACUUAAUUGGCAGCUAUUACAAUAAAAUUGUGCUGACUGUGAGUUUAAUCCGGGACGACUCAAAUGAAACAUUCAAAAUGUCCUCCUUUGACCUCCUUUUUUUGGGGUUUUAUUAUGUCCUCCUUUAGGUGUCCACGUAUCUGGCAACCCUAAAGAGUCUUAGACCAUGACCAGGGAUCUCAAACUUGCAGCCCACUGGUUAUUUGAGGCCCGCAAGAUGAUUUUUUGCAUCCCGAUACCUGACAGCAAAGUUUAGUGUUAAUGCAUCACUCGUGUUUUCACAAUUAUCAUAUCUAUAAUGUGACCUUCUGCAACGGUUUAAAUCAAAUCUCACAGACUAGUCUAAUUUUGAUUUUUAUUAUUAUUAUGUUUGUAUAAUAAAUGUAUAGGCGCUAUAGGUUUGGACGAUUAUAAUGGUUAAACAAUUUUUAAUAUUGGAAUAGAAGUUUUUAUUUUAUAGCAUUUUAGGAGAUAACAGGGCCAAAGUGCGUUUUGAGAAAACACGCUUAAAAUAUUGUGUAUACAUAACGACAUAAGCCUAUAACUAUAGUUAUAAUAUAUAAAAAUUAUUUUUUUUGUUAUUUAUUAAUAAUGAUAAUAAAGGGUGAGUAGAUUGUUAAAAUUGUACUUAAUUGAAUUUGUAAUUGCUUUCUUGUGAAAUACUUGAUGUGAAUGUGCCCCAACCUCACUCAGACUCUACCUCCUGCGGCCCCUGGAGUUUGAGACCCCUGACUUAGACCUUAGUGACCACCUUAGUCUUACUCCUAGCCUUAGUUAGUCUUGUCGUAGUCUUUUUUAGUCAUACUCAAACUCAAGUCACAGCUUUAAUUUAAGUUUAGUUUAAGUAGUUUAAUAAAAAGAGGUAGUUGGAUAGAUAGUUAAGAUAGGGACAGGGAUUGAAAAAAGCAACUAAUUGAUAACAAAUGUAUGGUUGUAGAUCAAUGCUAAAGAAAGUUAUGAUUUUUUUGUGAGAUAUUUUGGUAUAACUCUGUUAUUUGAGACAUUUACAUAUAAUAUAAUAGGAAAAUAUGAAACUGACUAAAAUAAAAACUGGAAAGAGAAUUAAGAUAGCCAUAUAAUAGAUUAAUAUACCAGUACUGUACAACCUUUUUGAAUAGGUGAGCCAAAAAAUUUUUUAACACUAACCCGAGGGCCACUCAUGACUAUGACACCCCAAAAGAAAGAUUUAUUUUUUCAAUACUUCUUUUUGUAAAAGACUUAAAUAGUAAUACUAACACUCCUUACCUUAUGCUCUUAUAUCCAAUAGCAUUAUCAGUUCAUCAAGAAUAUAAAUAAAGGGAAUGAAAACUGUAUUGUCUAUAGUAUUGUAUGUGCAAGUUUGUAAUUUGAGAAAGUUAUCAGUAUCAGUAGUACCUGCCCUAAAAAUGUUCACCAGUCAAAGUCAAAGUGUUACAUUUUUUAGAUUUUUAAAAAUAGUUUUUAAAAAGUGGAGACAAACAUGGCCAAAGUGCAGUUUUGAGAAACUGUCCCAUGCCUGCCAUAGUUAUAGUCCAACAGUAUACCCCCUACAUUGUUACUGUCCCAAUGCCUGCCAUAGUUCUAGUCCUAUAGUAUACAACCAACGUUUUUAUUUUAAUCUUUAAGUUUUUGCUACUCCCCUCUCUAGGCCUUUUCAACUCUUGGCGUUUUGGGGGUCUGGUUGUGUUUACUUUCUCUUUCAUCGCCCUGGGGAGCAUAGACAUAGCCAUAGUGUCAUUAAAACAUUGACACUAUAUUUCCUGUAACCUUUUAUCUAGACUCUUAUAAUCUUGUCCAAUAUCAUUGGGAACCUUCAACAUUGUCUACCUCUCACUCGAGUCUAGUCUUAAAUGUGAGAUUACCUUACCAUGGUCUCUACUUAAUGGUAGGUGUUACACUUACAGUACAUACAAUUACAAUUUCUGGGUCUUCACCCGUCCAAAAUUCUCUUCCCCCUGGCAUCCAUUUUCUUACACACAGCUGAUGUUAUGUAAAUCUGUCUAUAACAUUAAUUAGGUUCCCCCACCCCCUGUCUCUUUCUGUCUUUAAAUCGCUUUGUUCCUUUAUAAUAUGGCAUCCUCUCAAGGUGUCAUGCCCAGAGCUACUGUGUAUGGUUGGGUCUUGCUUGAAUAUAGUUAAACUAAUUUAAAUAAGCUACAUAAUGUUUUGAUAAAGUACAGUUUCUGCUAUUUUUUUAAACUAUGUUAUUUCUUUAUCUAUUUAAAAAAAAAAAUUCUUUAAUAAUCUUAUUCUUGUUGAAGUUACUCUACUUCUUUGUUUACAGGUCACUUCCAAGCUUAACAACAUAGAUUUUUGUUACAUUUGCUGGUCUUCUUUAUCAGGUGGGAUGAUGGAUGAAGCAGAGUUGGACAUCAGUGGUCUCACCAAAGCAGAGCUUGAUGAGUUUCAAAGGGUCAAUGCAGAAGCCAUAUUAGGUCUUGAAAAGGAAAUAAAUUAUUUAAGAAGAGGAUUGCAGCAGUUUGGUCCAGGUGUCAUACCUGAACAAAAUCUGCAAGUCAUUGUUAGGUAAAUAUUGCAUUAAAUAAAUUUUAAAAAUUAGACUCUUCAUUGUUCAGAAAUUCAGUACCCGGUAAGUUAAAAUCUAACUAAUAAGCAAAUUAAGUUGAAUUUUUAAAAUCUUGACGUCUGGCAUGAACGUAAACAAUGAUAUAUUGAUCCAAAUAUAAAAUCUUAUCUACCUUUUUUUAUCCUUGUUACAAGCAUUCUUUAUAAAAUAAACUGAAAAUUGUUCAUUUUUUUUAGGUCUGGUACUAUUGAAUCCCUGUUAGAGUCUUGAAAGACAUUGUCCUUUUUUUUAAAAUGCUUCAGCACAACCGUUGUAAGAUUUUUGCGGAUUUAUAUCAACCCAUAGUCUUUCAAAUGUUCUCUCAUAUUCAUAUUAUUUCAAACAUUUACAGACUUCAGUACAACAUUAAUUUUGGGUAGAAUUUGUUAAAAAUGAAAACGUACUAAUUUCAAAUGCUGCUUUGGUUAGUAAUUAGCUCAACAUACCCAAAUUACUUUAAAUAAUAAAUGAAAGUAUUUUGUUUCUUUUAGACCGGAUGGUUCUAGUAAUAUUGAAGAUGUUAAAAAAAGACUAAAGAUGGAAAUUGAAGACUCUGCAAAUAGGGUAAAGAAUCACAAUUUUUCCCCAUUCAUAUCAAAUGUGUUUUUGCUUUUUUUUUUUGUUUUUUUAAAUUUGAAAAAUAUUAGAGUAGAGUUUGAGAUAAACAUUUUAGCAAGAAUGAAGUUGGAGCAUAGCUCAUCAAAAAAAUAUUCUGCUUCACAGUGAUUGUUUACUUGGUAUUGUUUGUUGUUUGACUUUACUUUUGUCUGCCUUUUGUUCCUCUGUUAAAACAAAAUCAUAUUGUCUGGAAAUAACACAGAUGCUAAAUUUUUCUUCAGCUUCGAGAAACAAUCAAGUUGACUGGUGUUACUAUUGACAACAUUGCUCGAGAGGUGGUGGACUUGGGUGAGUUCAUCAUCAUCGUUUUAAUUCAAUCUCUGCACAUCAUUUGUCUUACACAAUGUUUAAAUCAUACUAACUGAAUUGUUUGCAACAUUUUACUUCAGCAUUGCAAUCAUGUGUUCAAUAUUGUUCCACAAAAUAUGCAUGUGAUUCAAAUUUACUUCAUUUCAGAUGACAACCAGUGCACAAAACUAUUUCAUCUUGAGCUCAUUGUUUUGGAUAGGAAAGUUAUUGUUACAUACAAACUACAGGAGGCACUGGUGAGAAAAUGAUAACCGCAUGUUAGUAUAAAAUUACAGUAGCCGUAUAGUUGAUAAUGUUUCAUGCAAUUUAUUUAACCCACUUUAUGUGAAUCUUUUGGAAACUUAAGUAUUCUUGUUCUUUUUUCAGUCAUCUGAUUCCUCUGAUGUCCAGGGCAAUAAACUUCUCUGGUUUGAAGUGAAAUUCGGACAGGACAUCCACAACGCCAUUGGGGGAGAAAUACGAAAGUAUGAACUUAAUACUUGUUAUCCACAUAGCGGACAGAGUAAUAAAACCUUUCUGUCUCAACAUUGAAACAUAAGGUUAAAAACAAUGUUAUGGCAUAUGUGAAGACCAAAUUCUAGCAACCAUCACUUGUCUCCCCUUGUUUUGUUUUGAUAAUGAUGACACCAAUAACAUGUUUAGCACUGUGCCACUCCUUCUUUUAACCCACCCCUUCCUUCAUUGUGAAAAGGUUGUUUAUGUUCAAAUAUGUUCUAUUUGUUUUAAAGAAUUCCAUUAGGUGACACAAUUUCUAGAAUUUCUUUAAUCAAUUGUUCUGAUUUAAUCUCUAUAUACAUAUAUAAACUGGCAGCUUUCCUAGCCGGGAGAGAUCUUGCUAUAUUUCUUAACUUGUACAAAACGUUAUAUAAUUGCAAGAGAUUGUACUCUUAAAGUGUGUGUGUAAAUUAAUAUUUGUGAUUUUUCAAGGAUUUUACCUUUUCACCUCCUUUUCUGUAAGUCAUUACAGUUUUUUUUUCAUCUGUAUAUUUGAAUUUGUUUUUUUAAAAAGAAAUUUAAUUGUAUAAUUAAAUUGACCAUUGUAAGUAUCAAUAACUCAAGUAUAAUUUUUCUUUGUUUACUGGUUUUCAGUUCUUUGUUAUGUAUUGCUCAUUCUACAAACCAAAUCUUAAAGCAGAUCUUGAAAACCAUCUAGCUACAGUAAACUAAAUAUGUUUGUCAAGAAAUACUUUAUUUAUUUUACUUUAGUUCAUUUCAGUACAGGAAGAUGAUGAUCACUAAAUUAAACUUGUUACCUUAUUCAUCAUCUGAGCUCAUUCUUGACAAAAUUGCAAUUUAUCAGAGUGGAAAAAUUCAUAAUACUUAUGAAUUUUAAAAUAAAUUAUUUUAUUUAAAAAAUUUUCAUUUUACCAUUCAGGAAGGAAGUAAACAUAUAUGUUGUGAAGCAAAGCAGAGACAAUUUAUCUUGUUCAUUUCCAGUGUGGCAAGUGAUCCACUGAAUGGUUUACCUUUCCUCCUUCCGUGUGGAUGGUGUCUAUCACAUCAAAGAUAGCACUUAGCAUCAUUAUGUCACCCAGCCCUUUUCCUCAUCUUUCUUGAGAACAAAAAAUUCCUCAGAUAUAAACCAAAGAUGUUAGGGACCCUGUCAGCCUAUGAUAUUGAGCAGGUCAUUUGUUGCAGGGCUUUUUAGACUGCCUUAGAUCUUCCACUGGCCCUUGCCAUUUACUUGGCUUAUGCUUUCCCACUUGAUGAGCUCUGGUGUCUGAAAUGAAUGAAAUUAAAGUUUAGUUUACAUACAUUUAUACCCUACAGCAGGUCUGGCCAACUCAAAUUGUAAGGCGGGCUGUAAUACUUCAUGAAAAACUUGUGCAGGCCGAGAGAUUAUAGGAAGUGGGCAAAAGCUAUUUAAAAAAAUAAUAAUGUUAAAGAAUAUUUCGUUACUUCGCGGGCUGCCAAGUGGUCCUGGCGGGCCGUAUGUUAUGCAGGCCUGCCCUACAGGAUAUUUUAUACACAUACAGAAGUCAUGUUAACCCGUGAUUUGUACAUGUUGGAGCAAAGAUUAUCUGAAAAACACAUUUUUUAUUUGUCAAAUUUAGGUCGGCUGAAAAUCUAUCAAUACAUUCCACAUUUUCCCUGCUAAAGACAUACAUUGAGUGUGAUAAAAUCCAAGCCCUGGUUCUGGAGAAACAAAUGAAGUCCUAUCCAAAUAAUGUUUCAACUUUUGUCAAUGAAAGGGGAAAUACAUGCCUAAAGAUUAGUAAUCCUAAACCAAAACGGUGAGUGCUGAUUUUGAUUUCAUCUCUGUUUAACCCAAACUUUUUAUUUCCAGCCUUAUUACAUGUACGUUGAAGCCAAAAAUAAUAUCCACUAAAAUCAAACAACCAGAUGGUCUUGCGAAAAAAGUUUUGGGGAACUUUAAAAGUUGUCAUCAGACAGAGGCGUGUGUAAUUUUCAAUGUAAAUAAUCUAUUUGAUACAUCAAUGUGCCAAUAUAGAGAAUGGUAAUAAGGGGGAGAGACUGCAAUCGGGUUGGGGGGAAAGGAAAUGAGCGAAGCAAAGUAUGAGACAACCUGAAAAGGAUGCAACAUAACAAAUGUUUCGGCAAGAAGCCUUCUCCCGCGAUAAAACAACAGUAAAAACAAUAUAAAAUGAAAAUAAACACUUAGCUGCAACAUGGUGUCUGAGCGGACAGCAAGAGGAAUGCAGCUAAGCCUUCAUUUUAUUUUACAUUGCCGACAUGGUUGUUGUUUUAUUGCUUCAUUUCCAGAUUUUUCCAUACUUUCUUUCCCUCAUUUCCUUUGAAUGUAGAGUGUAGAAAAUGAAGGGUCACAUCUUGCAGCUGGCGGCUGUGUUUAACUCACUGGGACAACAUUGAUGGAUGCUGCCCUUGUAUCGUUUAGCAACAGGAUCACAGGGCUCAAAUAGCCUGGGUAUUUUAUUUGUUGGUCUGGUUAUUAGAUCAUUACAGCUUCUAGAUAUUCAUCUUGUGUCUAAUAUGAUUACUAAUUUCAGUCUUGUAUGAAAUUCUUAAUGAUUAUUUCCACAUGGCCAUUUUCCCAGUGCUACGUUCACCCUGGAGUGGGGAAGAAAAGUACUGAAUGACAGAGUGGAACCAGAUAUAAAAGUGCAUUUUGAAGCACCACAAGAGAGUAAGUUAGAUAUCAGCUGUUUUGUUACUGCACAGCCGUGUUGUUAAAGCCGUUUUGUUACUGCAGUCAUGUUGUUACAGCUGUUUUGUUACUGCAGUCAUGUUGUUACAGCUGUUUUCUUUGUCACAGCCAUGUUGUUACAGCUAUUUUGUCACAAUCUGUCAUUUAUAACAGGUGUCUUGUUCAUGCACAGGAAAAUAAACAAAAAGUGGAACAAGUUAAGUUUAGGCAAGAGAAAAUUUUUGUUUAGCACUGUAGUAAAUUAUUUAGUGAAGAUUUUAGACAUGAAUAAAAGAGCUUACAGGGAGUGGCUCAGUUGCAGAUUUAGCUGUUUUGUCUAUUGCAAUUGGAAUGUUCAUAUUGUAAUAUUUGUGAUAACUAAAGCAUGCAUCAUUUUGUCCCUUAUACAAUUUUGUGUUCAUGUGAUCAUAUUGUUCUGUCAUUUAAUGAGUUGUUUCCUCAUUAAAUUUAUGUGCUAAAUAUAUUCCUGAUAGUUGCUUCUGUUUUUUUUUUCCAGUGCUUGCUUUGGACUCCAAACAUGUUUUGGAAUCUUCUCCAAAGAUGUUCACCUGUUUGGUAGAUGCACUUGGCCUUGAACAAGCCAUAGAAUCUCUUAUUGAACUGGUGGCCACGGAUGGUCAGGGCAGUCAAACAGCAGAAGCAGCUCAACACACAACAUGAGCUCAAUGUCUAGGACAGCUACUGCUGGGUGGCAUAAAGGAUACAUUGUAUGUUGCUGGGACCCAUCCAUGAUAUGAUUUAUUUUACUGAGAGCCAUCAAUGAUACAAUUUAUGUUACCGAGAUCCAUCAAUGAUACCGUAUGGAUUUAUUUAUAGUAAAGCUCCUACUGACUGAUAAUUACAUUUAAUGUGCAGUCAUGUAUGAAUGUAUUGAUUUCUAGGUAUGAAAUAACUGACUAACAAGCUUUUGUUCAAUGUAACAGUGAAUUAUAAAUCUUUAUAAUCCCUGGUGACAACUCAUCAAAAUUCAGAUCCUCUUCUGAUCUCACAUAUAAUUAUCACCGUAGUGAGGGAAAAUGGGUGGUCUGCCAAAGGCAGCAUCUUUGUUCUACUGCAGCUAAGAAAAGGUUGUUUAGUUUGAUUUUAAGGAUAGUAGAAGGAUCCAAGAUACUAGGCACAAUUUUAUUUUUCCACAAAAAAAAACAAAAAAACAUUGCGUACUCAGUAACAGAUGUUUUUCAAAAUGAAUAGUCAUUGAGCCAGUAAGAGAAGUCAGCUACUGCUAUAGAGUUCUUUUUAAGAGAAGUCAGCUACUGCUAUAGAGUUCUUUUUAAGAGAAAUCAGCUACUGCUAUAGAGUUCUUUGUAAGAGAAGUCCGCUACUUCAAUAGAGUUCUUUUUAAGAGAAGUCAGCUACUGCUAUAGAGUUCUUUUUAAGAGAAGUCAGCUACUGCUUUAUAGAGUUCUUUUUAAGAGAAGUCAGCUACUGCUAUAAAGUUCUUUUUAAGAGAAGUCAGCUAAUGCUAUAGAGUUCUUUUUAAGAGAAGUCAGCUACUGCUAUAGAGUUCUUUUUGCUAUCUCAACUUUGAGAAGUUUCACUCUACCAGAGUCCAUUGGUUUAAAGUGAACGGCUGUGGAGACUUGAGAUAAUGUCAUGCAAACAAACACUAUGAAUUGGCAAAACUGAGGACAACCCAAUGAUACUGAUGGCUGAUACUGAUGGCUCGUCUGAAGAAAUGUGUUCAGAAACUUGAAAAGCACCCAUGUUUUUCAUUUAAAAAAUAAAUCGAAAUAACCUAUAAAUCAUGUUUAAGUUGUCAUUAACUUUCCGUUCAAGAUAUGGAAUAAAAUUUCAUUGUUUAUGAUUAACAGAGAACAAGCUAAUACCAGGACUGUCCGGUUAAGUUAUUCUAGAUGAAUUCUAGUCCCAUUCCUUACCUUUCAUGUCAUGCUGUUAUUGUUUAUUUUAUUCUAUGUACAUUUAAUUUUUUUUCAAUUUUUUAACAGUAUUCCCUCACCUCCAUUGUUCACUCUGAUUAAAUUAGCCUCACAUGUGGAUAUUUGACAUACAAUGUUUGAACUAUUUUUUAAUUAAAACUUGUUUUCAUGCAUAUUUGAGAUCUUAGAUUUGUGACUUCAAAACUAAUUAUUUAUUUUGGUCUAGAAUACAUAAAAUAAAAUUUUAUUUUGAAUAGGUUAAUAGCCUAGCCAGUUGUAACGCUUCAUACCUAUAAAACUGAAACACAAAAAAAAAAAAUGGCACAGCUAGCCUG